AGAAUGGAGUCUGAUACACAACGUCACCUGGAGCAGUGGCGGCAAUGCAUUUACCAAUAUCGUCUACGGCGGCUACACCAUCGUCAUAGCGCUAAUGCUAAUCACAAGAUGUGUGGACGCCAAGUCGAGACCAACGCUUUUCGAGAAGAUUGUACUAACGCUGGGAACGUUGCUAUUCUUCGCUGCAGGUGGCCUGGUUUUCGCCUCAAUCGACCAAGUACACCCGGACCUCCAUGACAACGCAAUCAUACUGGGCUGUUUAUCGUUUCUGGUGGCGAUACUGUUCGUCAUAGACUUGGCCGAUCCGCUGGCUCGCAUGACCGCCCACAUGACCCAAACCGAAAGCUCCUCGAUGACGAACAUUUCGCGGGCAUCGGAGACGGAGAAGGGCGUUACUCUGAAGAAAGAUGUGUCUACGGAUACGGAAUCGCCAGUUUAUUUGAUUUCCGGUCAGGAUCGGUACAAAGAUAUGAACGAACCGGAUCGGCGACGGUUUGUGGAUUCCAAUGGGCGAGAUUAUCCGGAACGUGAUGAACCGGAUCGAAGAAGUUACAGGAAAUCGGAAUCGAGGCGUCAAAGCUAUCUUGAGAGUAUUGGGGAAGGUUUGGAUUACAGCAGGGAGUCCAUCGUUGAAAGGAAAGUACUCCCUUCGGUGCAGACUCCGGUGUUUGCUCACGUACGACCAGCGCCGGAAGAAAGCCGACGAAUAGCUGGAAAAGAAAUCCAGUACCUACCUCGAUAUGAUUACAGGGAUCGGCGGGAUUACCGCGACGCUGGGCCACAUUCGGGUCGUCAACCUCUGCACCAACAGUCUCCGAAAGCACCUUCCUAUCACGAUAACGAAUCGUUCGUGGAGGAAAUCUCACCGUCUCGUCGCAGCACCUAUGUCCCAGCAGACAAAUUCGACAACGAAGCCGUCCAGAUGAACCCACGUCCAAGGCCACCACCUCCAGCGAAGCCAACAACUUCGCCAAUAAGGACGACGGCGACGACGGGCCAUGAAUCACAUGGUUCCGGGUCGGGGUCCAGCGGUUGCAGCGGGUGCAACUGUUCACAACGGAGUCUACCGGGAAGGAGAAGAGAACAGGCACGGGAUGAGCCGGACAUACCGAUCAAACCGGGCUACGUGGCCAACGCAGCCAAGAAGUGGGACGACCGACUGCGGAGCAAAAGUCAACCCAUUAUCGGAUUGAACACCAUGGUUUAGCAGAUGGCGAAGAAUGUUU